AAAACACUCCAGUAACAGGUCACAUUGAUUCAAAAUGAAUUACUUAUGCUAAUAGGGGGGCUGUGAAUGAGACACAUUGGUCAGAGGAAUCAAUGGGAAGCCUCACAUGUGACCUCAUAGUGAGCUAGUAAACAUUCCAGCUUGGACACCGGGUCAAACUCCACAUACGACGAUAUGUUUCUGCAAGAGCUUGAUGACUGCAGCCUGUGAUCUGCUGAAACUGUACAGACCCUUGUGAAGUUUAUUCUCAGGGUUUUAGCAUGUCUGCAUCAAUACACCCAGUGGUACACUCUAUCCCACGCCACACCCUGACCCGGCUGGCACGCGAGUGGCUGGCAGAGGACACCCCAAACUUUGACCCAGCUGGAGUGUGUGUGGGAUCAGAAGACACCGAGGCGAGGUUGUUGUGUAAAAGCCCACACACGAUCCUGGCGGGAUGCCCUUUCUUCACAGCAGUGUUCCAUGAGGUUGGCUGCACGGUGGACUGGAUCUACCAGGAAGGAGCUGAGCUUGGUCCAGAUUCUGUCACCUUGACAGCUGUAGUGAGAGGUCCUGCCAGAGACCUCCUCCUCGGCGAAAGGCCAGCUCUGAACUGCCUGACCCGGGCGUCUGGGAUCGCCACCCGCUGCUCCCAGCUUCAGUCAAUCGCAAAGGCUUCUGGUUGGCACGGGGAAGUGGCUGGGACUCGCAAGACCACGCCGGGCUUUCGGCUGGUGGAGAAGUACGCCAUGCUGGUGGGCGGAGUGUCCAUGCACAGACAGGAUCUGAGUGGAAUGGUGAUGCUGAAGGACAACCAUGUUUGGGCUUCGGGAAGCAUCACAAAGGCGGUGCAGGUGACGCGGUCAGUGUGCGGCUUCAGCAGUAAGAUCGAGGUGGAGUGUCAGUCCACAGCCGAGGGUCGAGAGGCGGCGGCCGCCGGAGCCGACAUCGUCAUGCUGGACAACUUUAAACCUGAGGAGCUCCACAGUGCAGCAAAGGUGCUAAAGACGGAGUUCCCAGCUCUUCUGAUAGAAGUCAGUGGGGGGGUCACCCCAGAAAACCUGCCUCUGGUCUUCUCCCCCCACGUGGACAUCAUUUCUCUGGGUUGCAUAACACAGGGAUGCCCGGUGGCCGACUUCUCCCUAAAGGUUCAAAAGCAUUGUGCAACCAGCAUGUGAUGACAUGAAUAAAGCAAAUAAACAACAAUAAGUAUC